CGUUGCCGUGCUCACAUGGUUCCAUUUUUUAAACUUUAACUGGGCAUGCCAUCAGGAUUUUAACAAAUAUAAGACUCAGUGCUUUAUAUAUUGCUGGAACUGCAAAAUAGUGAGGGUCGUCUAACCAACUAUUAUGAGUCAGUGUCUUCAAGUUGCUUUCAUGGAGUCAUUUUACAGAACAUUAGUUUAUUUGAGGAAUCACUCAAUCAUGGUUAAUGGUGAAAGGAGGACCCCUUCGGUCAUUUUAAUGGACUUCUUUAAUAUGAUUCCGUUCACAGAUCGGACCAGCGUUUCUUCAACUUUGACCGAAAUCCGCAACAGCCUGGAUGAUCAAAAUCAGGCAGUUACAGUUAGUUUUCAUGAGAAUUCCCAUGGUAUUAAGAAAACAAAUCAAAUCCCUAUUACUGGAAGGCUUAGAAGCGUCGUCAGAAAUCUCCAACCUACUUCUGUGUAUUUUCACACUGUGUCUAUGUUUAUUGGAAUUAAGCGUUCUGAGAAACUGUGAUCGGUCAGACUUAGAAAGCGAAGAUAUUUGGACAACUAUCAAAGAAUUAAAUCAGUCUAUAUUCCCAAGAUUAUGUGAAAAAAUAAAGCAACAAAAAACGAAUCUGCCUUCACUUUUAUCAUGGUCAUAUUGUAUGUUAGCGUUCACCUUCUAUGCUUGUGCAGAGUGGGUACAUAAUCAAGGUUGUAAACCUUCACCUUCGUUCUGUGUCAAGAAUUCUGUGGACUUAGAUGAAGCUAUUUUGGAUCAUCCAACUGUGCCAGAAAUAUUGCGCCAUAUUCUCUAUAAUCAGGUAAAGAAUAGACCUUAUUUUACACCACCUACUUCACGAACGCUAAUAGAUCUUCUAUUUUCAAGUGCAAUAUCUAGCAAUGCAGGAAUUUUAAUGUCUUGCAAGUAUAAAAAAACAUAUGACCUAUCUGACUGCUGUAUUGAAUUCGAUGAACCUCCGGUGCAACCUGUCAAAGUUGAUGAAAUCAAAGUUAAUAUUAAAGACAAACCACGUCAAUUGCCUUCAUGUUUUCAAGAUAAUUUGCAAACAGGUUCCUUCAAAAAAAUUUUUUCUAACCUAAGUUUGUUGAAACAACUACUUGGAAAUCCUGACUGCCAAAAUUCUUUACUGGAACCAUUAAUUUUUAGCUUACGACAGUCACCUUUCAUAUUGAAACGCUUGAGAAGUUGCUUGGCAAGUGGUCUAAAACCAAAUGACACUAAUGUCUGCUUAUAUGAGAAAAUUUAUACCUUACUACUGCAACUGUGGUUUCAAGCUGCUAUGGAUCGUACGUUGCUUAAGAAUUUUCCACAAUCAUAUAUAUGGUUGUGUGGCUUCACUUGCCCGAUGUAUGAGGUAAUGAGUAUGACUGGAUUCUAUAAUGCUGUUAUAUGGACUGGGCGUUUUCUGACUGCUUAUGAGAAUAUGUUUAGGUCAUCAAUUUUUAACUCACCGCACUGGUACCUACAAAUGAUUACGGAUGCAGUGAUUGCUAUAAUAGAUCGAUCAGGAAAAGGUAGUCAACAGGAUAUAUCAUCUGAUCAACUGGAUGAAUUGCUUUGUAGUUGUAUGGCUGCAAUUGUCAGACCAUUUCAUGCUCUCAGAAUUGAAGAUCACGAAGUUUAUGCUGAAAUGUCUCGAGCGAUUAAAGUCCCUUUAGAAUCAAUUGUAUCGCAUCUUUCAAGUUGUUUAGUUAUAAAAGAUAGUUCAAGUACAAAUAUCAAAGAAAAGAAAAGAAAAACGACAGAACCAACAAGUACAACAACUAUAAAUUUUAGAUUAAAAGAUUUCAUAGUUCAUCAUCUUAUAUUUCCAAUGAUCAGAGCAUGUGACAAAUGGGCAAUGGGACAAGCGAAGUUGGGAAUAAAACCACAUUGUGCAAAAGCUCUUCUUAAUCAACUUAUUAUUGACGCUAAAAUUCAAAAUGAACACUUAGAAGGCCCUCCUCAAAUGGCACAAAAGUUGGAUAUCGUUAGACCACCUGCUGUAGGUGGCUUGCAUGUAGCGGAAAAACUUUCGUUAAAACGAAAACGAUAAGAUUUUUCAUGUACAGCUGUAAAAAAUGUGCUGAUUAAUAAAUUUCUAAUUCUUAUAAGAGUAAAAAUGUAUAUACG